AUGUCUCUCCAACAAGUGUACCAGACAUUCCUUUCCGACCCCAGGUCUGCUUCCCUGGCUUCCAAUGUUGCGCUGAUCUAUAUCACCACGACCACAAGGGUCGACGGCGCUGAGGCCGUGGUCAAGCAUCUCGCUAGGCAAGAUCACGUCCUCAAAAGGAAGUCCCAGCAGGUGAUCGAUACGGUCGAGGGAUUCAAUUCCCUGUCCCUAGACGUUGACACCACUGUGGAAUUCGUGUCUGGUGGCGGGCCGUAUCUCCCCUCGCUGGACGAUAACUUCCUGUCUGAUCGCGUUGCGACUUUCCCCACGGUUCAUAUCGUUCGUUUCAACUCCCAGAACCAGAUUCAGCAGGUUAAAGUCUACUGGGACCAAGCGUCGCUUUUGAAACAGGUCGAGGUGAUCGGUUCGCGUAGUCGCGGUUGGCCCAUUCGCGAUGGCAAAGACCAGUCUAGGUUGAUCAAGACCGCCGCGUCCUCCGCUCCCGUGAAUGACUCCCCAGCGCCCGUGCCCGUGAACAAGCAAACAGAGAAUGGCGAGGCACAGAGCAAGGUUGCCUCACCGGGUAAGAGAUACAUUAAGGACCCCUAUGCGGCAGAGUCUCUGGAAGAACUUCUCUCUCCCAGCAAGGACCGUGCCGAUCCCGUGCGCCCACCUCGGGCUCCUGCCUCUGCUAAGCCUCCCCAGCGCGAUUUGAGCGAGCUGUUCGUGAGUCACGAGGAUGACGAAACUCCUGAACCAUCUCCCUCCCGGAAUAAGCCCGUCGCUCCUAAAGGCGCGGGCAAGAGCUACCAGGCCUCACGCAUUUUCGACGAUGACGAGACUGUCGAUACCCAAGACAAGCCCCAGCAGAUUGCCUACCGGGCCCAUCCCAAACGAUUCGACCAUUUCGAGCUCGGCGGCGAUAACAGUGACCGUGAGAUUAAGCCGAAGAUUUCACGUCCGGUGUCAAGCCAGGGCAAGGGACCCCAAUGGAACUUCGAGGACUUCGUGACUCCCGAAAAGCCUAAGCGUCAGCUCCGUGGCCAGGAGCUUCGUAGUUUCGGUAUCAGCGACGAUGAAGAGUUUCAGAAGGUACCCCCAGCCAGGUCUGGCGUAACCCAGCCCCGUCGGGAUGCGGAAACCCAUUUCCAAUUGUCAGACGACUUUGGAACCCAGGGUGGUUCCCGGAUCAUCAGUUCAUUCCAGAACAAGGGUCUUAGCCUCUACAAGAACCACCUGUUCGCCGGUGAAGACGAGCCCGCCGAGAGCAAGCCGUCGGCCAAGGAUAAGCAGCCCCUGUCCGUAGCCCAGAAAGGCCAAACCCGCAAGAAGGACCUCGAGACUCACUGGACCAUAACAGAUGAAUCACCAGCGAAGAGCAAGGCCGACGAGAACAAAAAGCCCAUCGCUGCGGAUCGACAGAGGGCCGUCAAGAUGAUGGAGCCAUCAUGGGAAUCCUAUGAUCAAUCUCCUCAGCCGAGCAAGGCCGUCCGUCCUCUUCCACAGCGCCACGCAAUGCGAAGUGUCAACGAGAGAAGCUGGAAUAUUGGUGGUGAUGAGUGAAGAGAUCAUACCAACUCAGAACAGACUCCCCGAACCCAUGACGACAGAAUUGAACGAUCUAAUUGUCCAUACCAAACCCGCGAUAAAUCGAGCCGUUAUCACGGUGACAAAAUUGCCCAAUGCGAUUUGGACGGGUGGAAAUGAUGCUUUAUUUCUUCUACAUUGCGAAUUUGCUCGGCCUUUUCUUGUAUUCAUUUCUGGUAUCUUUAUUACCUAUCUUGUUUUAUUACAUUGCUUGUCGCGUGUUCCGUUUAGCUUGUUCUUGAUAUGUUACCCAGUUGUACGAUUCAUAAAGAUAGAUUCGAUAAUGAGUCUAACGCUUUCAAUCUGACUGUACGCUCAAUUCGACAAAGGAACAACACGUGAUAACAAUGUAAACCCGAAAGCAAGAUAUCUAGGUCAUGUCCUCCAAAGCACACUAUUCCUAAAGGUCUACUACACGGCAGUCUCAACCACACCCGAACUAUAUAUAAAACAUAGUAUCGCGUACAUUCUCAUGGAUUUGC